UUGACCAAUUCAGUGUCUGGGUGUCUGUUAACGAGGAAAGAAGUGACCUGAACGCAACACUGAGACCUGAGGCAUGGAAUAAUUUAUGUUUGGGCGUGACAUCCGUCAAUCCCAUGGAGCUGGCCACGCCUACGCCCGCGCCUCCACCGCAAGAAGCUGAUCCGGACUCAACGAAUUACAAGGUGUGGGCUUCUCUGCAAGGCCGUCCCCUUGACCUCAAAUUUGCAGAAAACAUGAGUGCCUGGGGGGAGUUGGGAGGCGAUGUGCGGCUCUGCUUAGGGGCCGAAGGACCCGAUAAUGCCUCCUUCACUGGCAUGAUAACCGGAGUAACCCUACUGACGAAGGAGGAGGUUGAGGAGCAGGAGCAGGAGCAGAAGAAGGAAGAGAAAGGAGAGAAAAAAGAGAAGGAAGAAGGCAUACGAACCACAGGCAACUGCUCUGUUUUAUUGGCCAGGAAUAUUCUUACUCACCCCCUUGAUGUUUCGUGGACCACUAAGGGUCCCGUGCUAACCUUGGAGUGGGAGUUGCCUCUGGACCCCUGUUUGACACCCCCCAAGACAGUAUGGCUCCAGGGGUCCAGAGCCUAUCAAGGAUCUCUAAGGUUGUGCCGAAGCCUUGGUGGACACUUUCCAACGGAGGAAGAAGCGACUGGCGAUCUAUUGAAGGCACACAAUUGUUCUACUGGAGACGUUUUGACCUGGGCGAGUGGUUGGGAGGAAUCAGAGGAUGACCCCACUGCCCUCUGCCCCGUGCUGCUUGCUGAGGGUGGGAUGGAUAAGUGGGCGUGUUACAGUAAGCUGGACUGUACACUCUGCCUAGUUCCUGAAGGCCUGACUUACACCCUAUUCGGAGCCCGUAGAGAUUUUGACCGCCAUUACACGCUGAGGACGUUGGCGGACGGGACCUUUGAAUUCCAAGGGCAGGAUACGAGUACUAUUUCCCAAGGGGAGUUGGGAUGGAGACUCAGCUCAAGCCUACACAACGACGAGCUCAUCCAGGGGUCGUGGGUGAUGGGUCGUCAACGCUGGCACCCUAGUGGAAGUCUGCAACAACCUACAACUACUCUCCCAUACAAGGCCACAGAGAAAACCAUAAACACAAGUACCGACAUUCUCACAUUCACCGUCUGUAACGCCAUCCAGUUUUCCUCUGACGACGGCGUGUGUCUGUUACGCAGCGAAAGGUGUGACGGGCGCACAGACUCCCCAGACGGAAGCGACGAGGAACAUUGCGGUAGUCGGAGAGCGAUAAGCAAAGACACUAAUUACGAUACAAGAGUCAGCCCCUUCUUGGGCCGCAAGCAAAAGGGCAUACUUUUAUAUGAGAUCCACGUGAUGUUCAUUAACAAAAUGAGCACCGAGAAGGGGAUGGCCAGCGUGGAAAUGAACCUAUAUUUAGACUGGGAGGAUUCGCGGAUCGAAUUCGUUGAUACCAAGAUGGGGAGAAAUUCUUUAGCGUGUGAUGAUAUCUGGACUCCAACCCUCAAUGUCUUUGCGGGGUACACCAGGGGCCCAGUUGUGCAGCCACGCUCAAACAGAAGUGACUGCUACAUCUAUUGGGACCAAAAACCCAGGGAGGAGCAACAACUUGGAGAUCCGCUGAUGAGUAGAUCCUUCACCAAGAUGAACAUAACACAGUAUCAAAACCUUGUGAUGGAGUUCCCGUGUCUAUUACGAGUGUCAAAGUACCCUUUUGGCAAGUACAUGUGUAACCUCACCUUCGGUAUCUUCCGGGACCACCAAUACAUCAAAUGGAAAUCGAUGAGACCUCUUGAGGAAGAUUACAACGAUCUUAAAUACUAUGGUGACAGGGACCUUCUUGAUUUUCGUCUGGAAAAGGUAACAGCACAAGUACAUCAUGAUGGAAAAUUAACGUUCACACUUCACCUGGUUGGGCAACCUGACUACCACCUGACAAAUAGCUUUUUACCGAGUGCCCUCAUGUUUGUCAUCUGUUAUUCAUCACUGUUCUUCCCUAUCUCCGGUUUCAAUGAGCGAAUAAUGGUUUCCUUAACUUCCCUUCUUGUUCUCGUUGCCUUAUUCUCUCAAGCGACGAAUACAUAUGUUAGAACACCAUAUUACAAGUUAAUUGACGUCUGGUAUGUUGGCCUAAUCUUUCUGUGCUUUGCUGUUGUAAUUGCUAAUGUGCUUGUGAAUUACCUGAGGGUUUUGAGAGUUAAAUCUCAGAAUGACUUGAUGAAGAAAGUGUUAGCUGCCAGAAAGUGUAACAUUGCCUGCCAGAUUUUCCUUCUCACAUUAUUCAUGUCGCUGAUCUUCGUGUUUGUCUUGUUCAAUUAUAACAACUUGUAAACUGUGUGUGUGGGGGGGGGGGGGGUUCUCGAAACUUCGCCCCUUUAGUCGACUCGAUAUAGGGAUAGAAUUCGAGCUCACAUGCACCAACACACGCAGUGAGUUUGAGUCAAGUCGUGCUUGACGCAAAAUUUUGAAACUUAAUCUACUACCUUAAAUAGAGAGAAGACACUACACAUUAAAAUUUUAAAUGAGUACAGUUUGAUUGUGGGUAGUCUCUUAAAAGAAAACGGUAAGUUACAACAGAAAGCUGCAUAGAAGAGGCGUAACUUAACAA